AUGUCCUUAGGGGCUCACAGUGACGCUUCCAGGUGUAAGAAUUUUGCCCUGACCUUGAAAGGACUGGCUCAGACCCGGUUUCAAUGCCUUCAUGAGAGUUCUGUCACUAGCUUUGAUGAUCUGGCUGCAAGGUUCAUGAGCCAAUAUGCAUCAUUCGUUAGGCGACCCAAACAGUCCAUUGUGAUGAUGAAGUGCAAGCAAAAAAAAGAGGAAUCACUCAAUGAAUACAUCGCACAGUUUAGCACAAAGUGCUUAAUAGUUAGCAAGCCCGAAAAUUCCAUCAUUCUCCUAGCUUUCAGGUCAGGGUUGAAUGAUGAAAGAUUCGAUGGCAGAAGGUUCAAGAAAGAUGAUGGUUGGAUAAACAUUCACAACAUGGAUAAUGUUAGAGAAAGAACAGAAAGAUUCACAGCCUCAGAAAAUUUUAGACAUAUUGCUACUGGUCUCAGAAGAGAAAGACAUGAGAAAAGAAACCACAACAACUACAACAACAAUAAUCGCAGCAGCAACAGAGAAUCACACCUAGGAGACCUGAUACGGGAACAGGGCAAAAGGACCUGA